AUGGCUGCCGCUGCUGUGAUGACUGAGCCGACAAGAAACUUACCGGCGACAUAUCCAAUCGAAUUUCUGUUUGACCUUGACAUGGUUCUGUCCGGAGCCGAUGAUUUCGGUUGCUGCCAGAUCAGUGCUACCGAUUCACUUGUGGCGGAUUUACCGAUAGUGGUGGCCGAUGUUUGUGCCGUUUGUUUGGAGGAUUUCCUGCCAGAUGAGGCCGGAAAACAAAUCCCCUGCGGACAUGUGUACCAUGAAUCUUGUAUCUCCUCUUGGCUUACCGUCGCCGAUUGUUGCCCUCUCUGCCGGUGCCAUGUCGCCGGCCAACCGCCGGAUUCGACUUUGAUCCGACGGUAG